ACCACGAAACAUUUCCCGCGAUCUUGGACGCCUUCCCGCGAGCGCGAAACCUUCCAAUCCGUUCCGUUCCCCACCUCGGCCGCGUAAUCCCACCCAUUCUGCGUGUCAAGCUAGGGUUUCUCCUCCCCCCGCCCCUAUAGAUCCCUACACCAAGGCACGAGCUAGUGACUAGAGGAGCUGCACGAUCCGAUGGCGCCGCUCUCAUGGCGGCACCAUACGCUUCUGCAGGCGCUGCUCUCCCGUGGACCGCUCUCGGAGCGAGACUUCCACGCCCUUUUCACCGCCAUCUCCGGCGGCAAGAACCCCGAGUAAAAAGGACCGGAGGGAGUAACUUUAAUAAUUGUUCAAUGGAGGAUCAACUGCCAUUCACAAUGGUUGAAGCCACUCACCAGCAACUAUUCAGUGAUACACUUAUGAAGAUCAACAAUGAGCUACGGUAUUUGCAGUUUGAUCUGCGAGCAUGUAUAAACCAGUAUGAUGGAAUAGUUUAUUAUGGAGUGGUCAACAACAUUUCUGAUGAAGAAUCGAAGCUUGGCUCCAAGUAUUCCGUACCACAGAUUGCGUUCUACAAGGGACUGUUAGAAGCAAUAGUUCAUGAAGCUGGAAAUGAUGGGAGCAUAACUAGUAUUGAAGCUCUCAACGUCCGGAUUGACAACCAGGUCGUGAUUGCGGAUGGUACACAAGACACUCAAUCUCGUCUUCCUUCUUCUAUCACAAACUUCUUGUUCUCUCAAAAGGAAAAGACUCUUACUGAACUGAUACAAGAUCGUUGGCUGGCGUAUACCUCAGAGGGCAAGAUUGGUCUUGGUAUCAGAUCAUUUCUUGAUCUCCGGAGCUGGUUUCGCAGCAAUGAUAUCCCAUCAUGCGAGGUUUGCAAUGAAGCUGGUAUAAAGGCAUCAACUUGUUCCAAGGAGGGAUGCAAUGUGAGAAUCCAUAUCUACUGUCUGAAGAAGAAAUUUCCACAGCGGAAGGCCUCGAGAGCUUGUCCCCACUGUGCCACUGAAUGGCCCCAGCAGGAAGGCGAGGACGAGGGCAACGAGGAAGCGAAUGAGCCCGGCGGGGAAGGUCAGGAGGCCCCAUCGGCUGACCCUCCUUCGAGGAGGAAACGCAGAGUCAAGGCUGAACUGGCGGAAGAGGCUGAAGAAGCAGGCCCGUCGACCGCGGUGCCCAGGAGAAGUUCGAGGAUGGCCAAAGCCGAGGAGGCAGCGUCUGCAGAUGCUUCACAGCCGGCCAGGUCCUCAAAGAGAAGGAAGAAAUGAUGGCUCUUUGUAGCAAGAUCGGCAAUGCAAUGCUGCUUUUGUCCUGUACAUAGCGUAGCUGGUAUCACUAUGCGGUCCUUCUGAAGAAGUAGCUGGUAUCACUAUGCUGGUGGUUUCUGCCUUCCUGGAGUUACUUGCUUGACCUGCUCUGCUUGCCCCUUUGCCGCCUGGCUUGAUCCAGCUGGGAAGACAAGGACAAGGACGGCCUCUGUUAGUUUAAGUAGGAGGAUAAUUAUUAUAUAUGCCAUUCAGGUGUUGCAUUGCA